GUAGAUGCACAGGAGUCGCCUCUCGUAGCACCAACCGAAUCUACUUCCACUCUCUUGCGCUCGCUCCAGGUUGUUUUUCUUUGUUUGCUUGCUCAGAAAACAGUAUGAAAUGGAAAAAUUUUCUUUUUCCUUUUUUGUGAGUGAAGAUUGGGGAAAAAAAAUGACUUUUCAAUUUUACACUGAUCUUUUUGUCUUUGCAUAUUGCGAUUUCUUUGGUUUCUUUUUGAGUGAUCGUUAAUGAAAAGCAUACCAAUUUUGGAUUGUUUUGUUUUCCUACCAUUUCUAGGAAUGCGAGGCACAGCUUUUUAGGCUUAAUUAUCAUUAUUAUUAUUAUUAUUAUUAUUUCUUAAUGGAUUCUGAGGUUCAAAAGAACCUUAGGGUUUUGGGAAGAUAGAAAUUUUGGUUGUUUUUUCUAAAUAUCCUUCAGCAUAGUAGGAUAGAAGUAAUGGGUUCAGAGUAUGAAGAAAGCAGAGAUAUAAUCAGCAACCUACCAGAUGAACUUCUUUGUCAUAUCCUUUCGUUUCUUCCCACCAAAUUUGCUGUGGGAACUAGUAUCCUAUCAAAAAGAUGGAGGUACCUUUGGGCUUCUGUCCCUAUUCUUGAUUUUGAUGAUGAGUUAUGGCUGAAUCCAAGUACGCUUGUUGAACUUGAAGAAAGAAUAAUUAUGUUUCAGAAUUUUGUGGAUGGAGUAUUGCGUCAUAGCGAGGUCUCAUGUAUUAAAAAGUUCCGACUCGGUUACCGUGAUAACAAUCUGGACAGUGUUUAUUCCUGGAUCUGCAUUGCACUUGAGCGCCGCGUUCAAGAGCUUGAUCUCCACUUACUUAUAGACUGGGGGGUUGAAUUGCCACCUAUGUUUUUCAUUUGCAAAACAUUAGUGGUUGUGAAACUGUCGUGUGCACUUUUUCUUGAUAUUCCAACUACAGUUUGGCUUCCAAGUCUCAAGGCUCUCCAUCUUAAGUCAGUUGAAUAUUCAGAUGAUGACUCAAUCCAGAAGCUUCUAUCUGGCUGCCCAGUUCUGGAAGAACUAGUCAUAGAGAGAGAAGAACGGGAUAAUCAGUGGGUUGUUAAUGUUUCCAAUCCCUCAUUGAAAAUUUUGCGCAUAUUUUUUUUCACAGAUGGAUUUGCACACCCAUAUGAACAAGAAGAUCAGGACUAUAAAGUUGUGGUUGAUGCCCCAAAUCUUGAAUACCUUAGUAUCACAGAUUACUUGUCAAAGGACUAUUUUGUGAAAGAUUUACCUUCCUUGGUUAAAGCAUUUAUUGAUGUUGAACAAGAUAGUGAAGAAUUUGAAGAAAGUCCACAUAAUGGUGGCAUAUCAUAUCAUGGUCCUAUUUAUGAGCUUCUUGGAAGGAUCUCAAAUGUGAAGUGUCUAUCACUAACUGGCGUAACUUUAGAUUCACUGAGUGGCACUAUUGGUGAUUAUAAGCUCCCUACAUUUCAUAAUAUGACCUGCUUGGAGUUCUUGUUUAUUGGCGGCUUCAACUGGGACUUCUUGCCCAACUUUCUUCAUAGCUCACCUAAUCUUGAAGCUCUUGUCAUUGAAACUGGUUAUACAAAUGAACUUAUACCUGAAGGUUGGCUCAUGCCGCUUCAAGUGCCUGCCUGUUUAGUAUUGCAUCUCAAGGAAAUUGAAAUUAGGAGGAUUGUUGGUGAGGACUAUGAGCUUGAAGCAGUAGAGUACCUAUUGAAAAAGGCAGAAGUUUUGCAGCAGAUGACAAUAGAUUGUCAUGAGUCGUCCAUGGACCAAGAGUUUUGUGUUUGCAAGAAAUUAUUAGGACUUCCUAGGGGCACACGAAGCUGUCAGCUUACAAUUCUUUGCAGUUGUGGAGACACUCCUUGUUGCUAAGAAUGCCAAUUUGUAACUUGUCUUUUCUUCUUCUUCUUCUUCUUUUUUUUUUUUUUU